GCGUCUUGUCAACGGCGCAUCCCAGAAGGCUUAGCUGUCGUCGUGGACUGCGAUUCUUUUGCAUACCCUCAUAUACCUCUGGAAUCGCCAAUGUCGGCCUGAAAUGGAUUCUGCCCAGUCGGGGGACGCCCAGGCAUCCAGUGUUCCAGCAGCCACCGAAGAACCAACCGGCGGAGCCUCAACAAAACGUCGCUGGAGAAGGAAUCGGAUAGCUUGUGACUCCUGCCAUUCGCGGCGCGUGCGGUGUGAUCGAGCUUUUCCCUGCUCGCGCUGCCUUCGCAGUGAAAUCCGAUGCGAGUUCACUCGCGAACGACGAAAGAGAGGACGCAUUGCGCGAUCCCGACUGGUAGAGACAAAUGCUGCCACUGAAAAGCCGACCAAACCUGUGGAGUCUCAAGCCUCAGCACCGGCACCUGCGGAAGCAGGAUCUGGUCCGGUUCCAAAUGGCUCUCCCUCUUCAACAUUUCACCAUAGAUCGCCAGCGACAAAUGAUGUGACAGUGUCAGCCCCGAGUAUCGACGAGCGGCGCUCUCAGGCGGAUGUAUCACUUCCUCCCAGGAAGUCAGGGCAUACAGUUAAUGCGACAGAGGAAUGGCUCGCAGGCACGCAUGUCUCUCCAGGUUCCUAUGAGCCCUUGGCAGGCAUCGGCCCUGGGGAAGGCCCUUUUCCUCGAAUCUUCGAUAUCUGGAAUGGGGUUGACUUGGCCGGUUACAGUGACCCAGCAUCUCAAGGUUCCAAGAUAACAGGCCUUGGACAGACACCAGCACCGUCUGCAACGAUCCUAAAAUAUCCAGUACUCCAGCCAGUAAUGCCAUAUUUGGAGUCGAGCUUGCCUCGAAAGCUUGUAUACGAUCUUCUCGACCUGUACUUCACAAGCGCAUUCUCCACGCAUAUGCAUCCCGUGUGUCAUCACAUUCAUUGCUAUGUUCUACGAAAGGCGUCAUUUCUGAGCCGGGAAGCUCCUCGGCCUAGCAGCCCUGCACUUCUGGCCAGCAUGCUUUGGGUGGCAGCGUUAGAUGACCGUGCAUUUGCUUUGCCGAUAUCUCCUCCCCAGAGAAAGAAGAUAUGUCAAUUCCUGUGUGCUCUAACGUUACGGCUUUUGCGACCGUUGGUUCACGUGUCAUUCAAAGAGCAAGAAGGCGCCGCGGCGAGCGACCCACUUCAUGCUGCGGUCGGUCAGGACUGUCCCCCUACAACGGUGCACCACCCAUUUGAAGCCGGCGGUGAUGAUCGGGGGCUGGUCGGCCCUGCAGGAUCAUUGGACGAUGUCAUCACAUACAUCCACGUGGCAUCCAUCAUCUCUUCAAGCGAACAAAAGGCCGCCAGCAUGCGAUGGUGGCAUGCCGCCUUUACUCUGGCACGGGAACUGAAGCUCAAUCAGGAGAUCGAGGUGAUGCCUAGUGAGGAGAAUCACCCAGAGGGCUCGAGCCCAUCAUUUGAUUAUUCACUUGCGGGAUGGAGUGGCGUUGACACGGGCCCCUUUUUCGAUUAUUCAAACCCUGCUCGGCCAAGCUUGAAUUGCGUAUGCGACCGUGGCCACGAAUUGCGUGGCGCUAUUACCGAAGAGCACCGUGAAGAGCGUCGUCGGACAUGGUGGCUUCUCUACAUCAUGGACCGUCACCUCGCUCUCUGCUACAAUCGCCCCCUUGCUCUACUCGACGCUGAAAGCGAGGAUCUUUUAUUGCCGCUGGACGAAGGGUCAUGGCAGUCUGGGAACAUCCACAGCAAUAGUCCCAAACCGGAUGGACCACAGUGCCCGCUGUCAGGCGAGAAGAACAAACGCCGUGUUUUCCCCAAUUUUAUUUGCCAUGACCACUCUAUCUUCGGCUUCUUCCUGCCUCUCAUGACCAUUACUGGCGAACUAAUCGACUUGAACCAAGCUCGUAACCAUCCGAUGCUUGGAGCACGCUUGAAUGGAAAGGACGCCUGGGAUGCGCACGUCGGUGAAGUGCUGCGCCAGCUUGAGCUCUACAAGGCUAGUCUCACAACGUUUGCUGCCACUGCGUCGGAUCCAGAUGCGCCCUUAUCCAGUGCCUUUCCCCCUAAACCCGAUCAACAACCAGUCGAACCCUCACUUGCCCAGGCUUAUUCAUGGCAUACUCAGACGGUCAUUUCGUAUGCAUCUUACCUCGUGCAUGUGCUACAUAUUCUUCUUGUCGGGAAAUGGGAUCCUGUGUCGUUGAUCGAAGAUAAGGACUUCUGGACUUCAUCGCCCGCGUUCGCCUCGACCAUCUCCCACGCCCUUGAUGCGGCAGACUCGGUGGACCAUAUCCUACGUUACGAUCCCGACAUCAGUUUUAUGCCGUAUUUCUUCGGCAUUCAAUUACUUCAAGGCAGCUUUCUUCUCUUGCUGAUUGUGGAGCGGCUGCAGAAAGAAGCCGGGGAGGGUAUUUUAAAUGCGUGCGAGGUGAUGAUCCGAGCGACCGAGUCCUGUGUGGUGACGUUGAACACUGAAUACCAACGAAAUUUCCGACAGGUCAUGCGGAGCGCCGUUGCGCAGGCGCGUGGGCGCCCUGUCAAUCACAGCGAGAUCCGGCAUCGUCGCAAGGCCGUCUUAGCACUCUACCGGUGGACCCGGAAGGGCACUGGGUUGGCUCUUUAGAAUUAGAGUUUCUCACAGCGCCGAUGCCCAUUUCAGCGCACGGUUGCAUCGGCUCCGCAUCCGCAGGCCAUCGGCUGGAGAGAGCUUAAAUCAUCUCCCGCCAGGGCAUGCUCGGUUCUAGGCCAGUCGCAGAGACUGGAAUAUGCAGGCACGGUAUCCCCUCCCUCUCGGUUGAUUACCUUGCCUGAAAUGGGCUCGCUCCAGAUCGCCUCUUUGGCUAACUGCCCCGUGCCUGCAUCUGCCGGACCUUACCCCGGCAUUGGUCAUUGAUCACAGCGGCUGUUUCUAUUAUUCCGAAGUACCUCGUAGUAUUUAUUAUCCAUCUUUCUUGGAUACUGCACUUCGAUGUUACCCUGUACAUAUACGAGCAUUUAUGCUGCUUUUGGUGUCUUGUGGUUUGUUUGUUCUGGCUCGUUGGUUUUAAACUAUUAAGCGG